CGACGACAAUACAGUGGCAGCAUGCAGCCGCUCAGUGGGACCGAGACGACUGCGCUGGCGAGCAUCUCCUUUGCAUGCCUUACCGUUCUCGUCAGUUCUUGGCGCAAUGACGGCGAGCCUCUCUACGCGUCGUUAGCCAUCAGUGGCCUCGCAUAUGCCUUCACGUAUUGCACCAUCCGGUGGACAGGAGAUGUCUUCAUCAAGCAAGGCUUUGGCGGGGAUGACAGGUCGAAGAAGCACCGGCCCAGACUUCCGGAAAUGAUGGGGCUGGUGUGUGGGCUGGUAUACCUCCUGACCCUCAUCUUCUUCCUUCCAUUCGCUUUCAGGCGCGCGUUCGUGGAAGUGACGUCCGAUGCCUGGAACAAGGAGCGCACGCUCGAAGCACAGCAGAUUGAGACAGGACGUUUUCUCCACAAGUUCCCGCUGGAAAAGCUCGCCUCCUAUGGCUUUGCAUACAGCACGUUGGCAUCCGUCAUCAUUCUGGGGAUCUUGGACGACACUUUCGACAUGAGAUGGCGACACAAGUUCUUCAUCCCGGCGUUUGCAGCACUGCCAAUGCUGGGUCUGUACUUUGUGGACUUUGGCGUGACCCAUGUCGUGGUACCUCUUCCCCUACGUGGCUAUCUCGGGGAGCUGGUCGAUCUUGGUGCGAUAUAUUACGCCUACAUGGCAGCUAUAUCCAUCUUCUGUCCCAACAGUAUCAACAUACUGGCGGGAGUCAAUGGGAUCGAAGUCGGUCAGUCACUCGUUAUUGCAAUGUUGAUUGCGUUGAACGAUGUGCUGUACCUGUUACCGACGGUCCAGCAACCACACCCGGCGGCAGAGUCACAUCUGUUUAGCAUCUACUUACUGUUGCCGUUCGUGGGAGUGUCACUUGCAUUGUUGAAACACAACUGGUUUCCCGCCCAGGUGUUUGUAGGAGACACUUACUGUUACUUUGCCGGAAUGGUGUUCGCGGUAGUGGGCAUCCUUGGACACUUUAGCAAGACCUUGCUGCUGUUGUUCAUUCCGCAGGUCUUCAACUUUGUGUACUCGGCUCCGCAGCUGUUCAAGCUCGUUCCGUGUCCGCGCCACAGAAUGCCCCGUUUUAACGCGCGCACCGGGCUCCUGGAACCAUCAACAGCACAUCCUGCUGAAGAUGGAUGGAAGGACAUGAGACCCAUCGUCGGCGAGGUGCUCAAAGUGCUGCACCAGGUCAAGCUCGUUCGUGUGGCGGUGGACGAGACCGGGAAGGUGAUCGAGACCAGCAAUCUCACGCUUCUCAACCUUUGGCUGGUGUGGAGGGGCCCUCUGCGCGAAGACCGGCUCGCUCUCGAAGUGCUGGCAAUGCAGACGGUGUGUGGGCUGGUGGCCCUAUGGACGCGGCACUUCUUCGCGCGGAUGCUCUUCGCCAUGGAUAACAGGUAACCAUCAUCAUCAUCAUCCUCAUCAUCCUCAUCCUCGGCUGUGAGGAGCGGCAUCUGGACCAGAGCCACCUUGCGUCGAGACUUGCCCUCUGGCCCGACGGAACCAUGGGAUAGAUAGAUCCUUCAGAGCAGUUGUACCAACCCGUCGGCGGCUCGAGAUGCGCCAGUUCGCGUGGUGGAUGUGCGACACACAUGGCCGGCCAGCAUGCGGCGGCAGCUCACUCGACGUCUGGACGCGCCGCAAUCCACCAGUUGUAUGAUUUGUUUCUGCAGCUGCACACGCUUCAUCUCUUCCUCUUCACCCGCUGCUGCAGCACGACCCCAAACCAGACGGGUCACCAAGCG